AUGGCUUCCAACGAGGCAGGAACGUUCCGGGAUUCCGAUCAACAGCACAUACAAGACGCGUCGCAACAACAAUCCUACGUUACUUCGGACGCGUCUGUUACUUCUAGUAACACGACUACGCACAAUACCUUCAUUUCCAAUGUCUUACAUACCAGUAGCCGGAGCUAUUACGGUGGAGAAGGCACAGGGCUGUUCUCGUCUUCAAGCAACUCCACCGCGGUACCAUCGCCAGAUGUGCGACCCUCGCAAGAUGCUGCAAUCCAAAAUUCAGCUUCCGAACUCGUUUCCAGCGAUGAAUCUGCGACUCAGACUAUGCCUGGCAACGACUACCUGCAGAAGACGACAUCAGGAGGCCCAGUCGAGGAGCACGUCGUUCUGCACGACGAUUCCUCAGACUCAGAGCAUGAGGCAGAGGAGCCGUCUGAGAAGCGUACCGAAACUGCCAAGAGGCCUGGCCUCCAAUCGAAGAACUCGAAACCCAUGACCGAAGACGACCUGUUCCGCGCGUUGUCCAGGCGAAGAACAAGCCAGGCCAAUGGCCUCAGCAAGACAAAUACCAGUGCGACAGGACGAAGCCAAGAGGAAGAAGACGAGAUCAACAAGCUCAUGGGGAAGAUGUUCGGACACACUAGACAGGAAGCAUCGGAGGAAGAGAAGACAAGACAUCAAGGUGUAAUCUUCAAGCACUUGACCGUGAAGGGCAUGGGUAUUGGUGCGGCCUUGCAGCCGAGUGUUGGAAGUCUUUUCCUAGACCCCGUGCGAUUCUUCAAGAACCUAUUCACCAAGGGGCCACGCAAGGCAGGCGGAAAACCACCAAUUCGCACCCUUCUUGACGACUUCUCUGGCUGUAUACGACCUGGCGAGAUGGUGCUUGUUCUUGGCAGACCUGGGGCAGGUUGCUCCACGUUCCUCAAGAUGAUCGGCAACCAAAGAUACGGCUACGAAGAGAUCACAGGCGACGUCUCGUAUGGCGGUACUGAUGCAGACGAGAUGGGCAAGAAGUACCGUUCGGAGGUGCUAUAUAACCCGGAAGAGGACCUCCACUAUGCGACGCUUAAGGUCAAAGACACACUUAGGUUUGCUUUGAAGACAAGGACACCUGGCAAAGAGUCGCGAAAGGAAGGCGAGUCCCGCAAGGACUACGUCAACGAAUUCCUUCGUGUGGUCACCAAGCUUUUCUGGAUUGAGCACACCCUGGGCACAAAGGUUGGCAACGAACUGAUUCGUGGUGUGUCCGGUGGUGAGAAGAAGCGUGUCUCCAUCGCCGAGGCCAUGGUCACGAAGGCAUCGGUACAAUCCUGGGAUAACUCAACUAAAGGUCUCGACGCGAGCACGGCUCUCGAAUACGUGCAGAGUCUGCGAUCUCUCACGAACAUGGCUCAGAUCUCUACUGCGGUAGCGCUUUACCAGGCAGGCGAAUCGUUGUACGAUCUUUUCGACAAGGUCAUCCUGAUCCACGAGGGCCGUUGCUGCUACUUUGGACCUACAGAGAAGGCGGCAGAUUACUUCAAGAAUCUCGGCUUUGUCAAACCCGAGCGCUGGACGACCAGCGACUUCUUGACGUCCGUGACCGAUGACCACGAGCGGCAGAUCAAGGAAGGCUGGGAGGACCGCAUUCCUCGCACAGGUGCUGCUUUCGGAGAAGCAUUCGCCAACAGCGAGCAAGCCAACGAUAACCUCUCUGAGAUUGACGAGUUCGAGAAGGAGACCAAGCGACAGGCCGAGGAACGCCAUCAGAAUCGUACCAAGGCCACGAAGAAGAAGAACUUUACCAUCUCGUUCCCAGCUCAAGUCGUCGCUUGUACAGACCGCCAAUUUCGCGUCAUGGUGGGAGACCCGCAAUCUCUUAUUGGCAAAUGGGGUGGCAUCUUCUUCCAGGCCCUUAUCGUCGGGUCAUUGUUCUACAACCUUCCAAACACUGCUCAGGGUGUGUUUCCGCGAGGUGGUGUAAUCUUCUUCAUGCUGCUUUUCAACGCCCUUCUCGCUCUCGCUGAGCUUACGUCCGCUUUCGAAUCCCGACCCAUUCUACUGAAGCAUAAGACUUUCUCUUUCUAUCGACCGGCUGCCUACGCUAUUGCGCAGACCCUUAUCGACAUGCCCCUUGUGCUGGUUCAGGUAUUCAUCUUCGACAUUGUUGUAUACUUCAUGGCCAACCUUUCGCGAACAGCAUCGCAGUUCUUCAUCUCACUCCUCUUCCUCUGGAUCAUCACAAUGACCAUGUACGCUUUCUUCAGAGCUAUCGGUGCCUUGGUAGGGUCCUUGGACGUCGCAACUCGGAUUACGGGUGUUGCAAUCCAGGCGCUUGUCGUAUACACCGGCUAUCUGAUCCCUCCGGCGAAGAUGCAUCCCUGGUUUUCGUGGUUACGUUGGAUCAACCCCAUUCAGUACGGCUUUGAAGGUCUCCUAGCGAACGAGUUUUACAACCUCGAGAUCCAGUGUGUACCCCCGUUUAUCGCGCCGCAGAUUCCCGGUGCCGAGGAGCGGUAUCAGUCUUGCGCCAUUCAAGGCAAUAGGCCUGGAUCACUUACAGUUGCUGGCCCGGAUUACAUCUCUGCAGCGUUUGGCUACAGCAGAUCGCAUCUUUGGCGCAACUUUGGCUUCAUCUGUGCUUUCUUCCUCUUCUUUGUGGCGUUAACUGCUUUCGGUAUGGAAAUCCAGAAGCCCAAUAAAGGCGGAGGAGCAGUCACUAUCUACAAGCGCGGCCAAGUACCCAAGACUGUCGAGAAAGAGAUGGAGACCAAGACCUUACCCAAGGAUGAGGAAGCUGGCAAUAGCGAGCCAAUCACCGAGAAACACUCCAGCGACAACGAGGACUCCGACAAGACGGCUGAAGGUGUGGCAAAGAACGAGACAAUUUUCACAUUCCAAGACAUUACCUACACCAUCCCAUACGAGAAGGGCGAGAGAACAUUACUCCAGGGCGUUCAGGGCUUCGUCCGACCCGGCAAGCUUACUGCACUAAUGGGUGCAUCGGGUGCCGGCAAGACGACAUUGCUGAACACGCUUGCCCAGCGUAUCGACUUCGGCGUUGUUCGGGGAGACUUCUUAGUCGACGGAAAGCCACUCCCACAUUCCUUCCAGCGUUCGACCGGUUUUGCAGAGCAGAUGGAUGUUCACGAAUCUACGGCGACAGUACGCGAGGCACUCCAAUUUUCAGCGCGGUUGAGGCAACCUAAGGAAGUACCCAUCCAGGAGAAGUACGACUACGUCGAGAAGAUUAUCGAUCUUCUUGAGAUGCGCGACAUUGCUGGUGCGGCGAUCGGUACGGCUGGAAACGGACUCAACCAGGAACAGAGGAAGCGUCUUACAAUUGGUGUGGAGCUUGCGAGCAAACCUGAACUGCUCAUGUUUCUCGACGAACCUACUUCUGGUCUUGACUCUGGUGCUGCGUUCAACAUUGUUCGAUUCCUGCGCAAGCUUGCGGACGCCGGUCAAGCCAUCCUCUGCACGAUCCAUCAGCCCAGCGCCGUCCUAUUUGAGCACUUCGACCAGCUCUUACUUCUCAAAUCUGGCGGCCGCACGGUCUACUUCGGUGAUCUAGGCCACGACUCCCAGAACCUCAUCAAGUACCUCGAAGGCAACGGCGCUGAUAAAUGUCCCCCACACACCAACCCUGCCGAAUACAUGUUGGAAGCUAUCGGUGCUGGCAACCCCGACUACAAGGGCCAAGACUGGGGCGACGUCUGGGAGAAGAGCUCAGAGAACGAGAAGCUCGGCAAAGAGAUCCAGGAUAUCAUCUCCAGCAGGCGCGAUGCAUCGAAGAACGACGAGGCUCGCGAUGACCGAGAAUACGCAAUGCCAUACCCUCAGCAAUGGCUCACAGUCGUCAAAAGAAGCUUUGUGGCUAUCUGGCGAGACCCUCCCUACGUUCAAGGAAUGAUCAUGCUCCACAUCAUUACUGGGUUAUUCAACGGUUUCACCUUCUGGAACCUCGGAAACAGCCAAAUCGACAUGCAAUCCCGACUCUUCUCCAUCUUCAUGACCCUGACUAUUGCUCCUCCCUUGAUCCAGCAACUGCAGCCUCGCUUCCUCAGUGUGCGCGGCAUCUACGAGUCUCGCGAAGGCAGUGCUAAGAUCUACUCUUGGACUGCUAUGGUUUGGGGUACGAUACUCAGCGAGCUGCCCUACCGUAUCGUUGCGGGUACUAUCUACUGGUGCUGCUGGUACUUCCCGCCUGGCUUCCCUCGCGAUACGUACACUGCGGCUAGUGUGUGGCUCUUCGUCAUGCUGUUUGAGGUCUUCUAUUUGGGCUUUGGACAGGCUAUUGCGUCUUUCUCACCUAACGAGCUGCUCGCGUCGCUACUCGUGCCGUUAUUCUUUACGUUCAUUGUGUCUUUCUGCGGUGUGGUCGUGCCAUACAACGCGCUACCCUCAUUCUGGCAAAGCUGGAUGUAUUGGCUUACUCCAUUCAAGUACCUGCUUGAAGGAUUCCUUGCGCUACUCGUCCAAGGGCAGACCAUUCGAUGCGAAACCAAAGAAAUGGCGAUCUUUCCACCCCCACCUGGCCAAGACUGUCAGACAUACGCCGGCCAAUUCGCGCAGCAAGCAGGGGGCUACGUCGAAGCCCAGCCGGACGGGAACUGUGGGUUCUGUCAGUACGCAACUGGAGAAGCCUUCCUGGCAUCCUUCAACGUGUUUCCACAGUACAUAUGGCGUGACUUCGGCAUUAUGUGGGCGUAUAUUUUCUUCAACUUUUCCGUCGUCUUCAUCUGCACCUGGCUGUAUCUGGGCGGCCUACGCCAGAUCAAGUCAUUCUUCAGCCCGGCCGCGCGCAAACAAAAGAAAGAGGCAAAGCAAAAGCAGAGCGGCGAUGCAGCUUGA